UAUCGUCGUAAAGACGUUCACGACUGUUUGUGAUAUGAAUUAAAACACACAUGUGGUUUCACAUUGGUGGAAUUCCGUAAUCUCAUUGAAAUAUAGCUCGUCUCUCAACGACACUUGCUAGUCGUUUUAUUUUGAAGAAUAUUAAAAAUAGAUACAAAAAAGUCGAAUAAAAUAAAGUGUUGACAAUGACUGGAAUGUGUGCCAUCUACAGCAAUUUUGCUCAAUCACGGCAACCGAUAAUAUCAUUGACAUCGACGGUAAUUCGCGGCACCACUCAAAUACAUGUGCGUCGAAAUUCAGUUUUAGCUUACGCACACGAUACAACCACCAUUUAUUCCGUAUCCAAACAAAGUCGCAUAUCGUCUCUUCUUAACGUUAAAUCUUUGGGAGCACCUUUAUUGACGAGAGAAAUGUCUGGUUCAUCAAAAAUGUUGCACACAAAUUUGUGGGAGAGUGAUCCCGAAUUGACGGAUUUGAUCAAAAAGGAGAAGAGCCGUCAAAGCAAAGGUCUGGAAAUGAUUGCCAGUGAAAAUUUCACAUCGUUGUCAGUGUUACAGUGCUUAAGCUCAUGCUUGCAUAACAAAUACAGCGAAGGCUAUCCAGGAAAAAGAUACUAUGGUGGCAACGAAUUUAUCGAUCAAAUUGAAUUGUUGUGUCAAAAACGUGCUCUUGAAACGUAUGGCUUGAAUCCAGAAGAAUGGGGUGUCAAUGUACAACCAUACUCCGGUUCACCAGCCAAUUUCGCAGUCUAUACUGCAAUUUGUGAACCACAUGGUCGUAUUAUGGGUCUUGACCUUCCCGACGGCGGUCAUUUGACUCACGGUUUCUUUACGCCAAACAAAAAAAUUUCAGCCACAUCAAUUUUCUUCGAGAGCAUGCCAUACAAAGUCGAUCCAACCACCGGACUAAUUGACUACGAACAAUUGGAAAAAACAGCGCGCCUUUUCAAACCGCGUGUCAUUGUAGCUGGUGUAUCUUGUUAUUCACGUUGUUUGGAUUACGCUCGUUUCCGUGAUAUUGCCAAUCAAAACGGUUCAUAUCUAUUCGCUGAUAUGGCUCACGUGUCUGGAUUGGUUGCUGCUAAGGUCAUUCCAAGCCCGUUCGAACACUGCGAUAUCGUCACCACGACCACACACAAAACAUUGCGUGGGCCACGUGCCGGUGUUAUCUUUUAUCGCAAAGGAGUCCGAUCGGUGAAACCAAACGGUGACAAAGUAUUGUACGAUUUAGAAGCGAAAAUCAACGAAGCAGUUUUCCCAGGCUUACAAGGGGGUCCACACAAUAAUGCAAUUGCUGGCAUUGCAACCGCUUUGAAACAAGCACAAUCACCCGAAUUCCAACAAUAUCAACAACAAGUCGUUCGCAAUGCCAAACGUCUUUGCGAAGGUUUGAUCAGUCGUGGAUACAACAUUACCACUGGUGGUACAGACAUUCAUUUGAUUUUGGUUGAUUUGCGCAAUGUCCAAAUUACUGGUGCUCGUGCCGAAUACAUUUUAGAAGAAAUUUCAAUUGCUUGUAACAAGAAUACAGUGCCAGGAGAUAAAUCGGCAUUGAAUCCAUCUGGCAUUCGAUUGGGCACACCAGCAUUAACAACACGUGGUUUGGUUGAAACCGACAUUGAUUUGGUUGUUGAUUUGAUCGAUCGCGGUUUGAAAUUGUCCAAGGAAAUCGCUACGGUUUCGGGACCAAAAUUGGUAGACUUUAAAGCUGCUUGCCAUUCCGAAGAAUUCAGUGGUAAAAUUGCUGCUUUGCGUAAGGAGGUUGAAGACUUUGGCGCAACAUUCUCAAUUCCUGGUACAGCCGAUUUGUAAAUUUAAGACUUUUUUUUCUCUAAUAUCGUUCAUUCCGUUGCGGAACUAAAACCUGGCCAUAAUCAAUGUGAAAAUAAUCAAGAACAAAUACAAAGUUGUUGCAAUGCAUCAAAAAAAAAUAUAUAUUUAAUGAUUUUUCAUACUAUCAAA